AAGAAGCAAAUCAAGAAUACAUUAAAAAAAGACAAAUAAAAAACUGUCAUCGAUGUAUACGUUAGCCGUCCAAUAAGCUAUGCUAUUCAAUUGGAUUCCUUCAAGGAAAACUCAUUAAUUAUUGUGAUAUUUUAUAAAAAGAUGGAAGUGAUUCCAUAUAUGGCGAUGAUAGCUGCGCAAUUAGCACAAGUUGGAUUAGCAGUGGCAGCUAAGGAGGCAAUGUCAACUGGCAUGACUACUUUCACUUUUACAUUCUAUUCAAGUGCCAUUUCAACUCUCAUUCUUAUUCCACUUUCCAUCUUCCUCCAUAGGUCAGCUCUUCCACCUCUUUGGCCUACCUUUCUCUAUGGAUUUUUCUUGCUUGGCCUGUUGGGUUUCUUGAUGCAAGUUCUUGGACUUCUUGGACUUCAAUAUUCCUCUCCAUUACUUUCCACAACAAUAAUGCAACUUAGUCCAGGUUUCACCUUCAUUCUUAUCGUCAUUCUCAGGAUGGAAAAGUUUGAGAACAAGAGUUUGAGCACAGUGGCCAAAACUAUUGGGACAUUGGUAUUAAUAAUUGGUGCACUUGUUGCAACUCUAUAUAAAGGUCCUCAAAUUUUUGGAAUUGGCCCUUUGAAUUCAAUAUUAACAACUCAUUCUGAUUGGGUCAUUGGAGGUUUGCUCACAAUGAUUUGCUCUCUGAUUGCUUCUGUGUUUAUCAUUUCACAGGCAUUUGUGCUGAAGAAAUAUCCAACAGAGCUGAUUUUAAUGUUAUUUUAUAGUUGCUGUAUUGCAAUUUUAUGUGCCAUUUCUUCUUUAGUUACUGAAAGAGACAGGAAUUCUUGGAGUUUAAGCCCUCGGAGCAGAUUAAUGGCUCUCCUAUACUCGGGUUUAUUUGGAAAUGUAUUCCAACUAUGUAUAGGCUCAUGGUGUAUAAAGAAAAAAGGACCUUUCUUUAUUGUCGUGUUUCAACCAUUAGGCACCGUGAUCGCUUUGGGUGCCAGCAUGUUCAUGGGUGAAAUUAUCUAUGUAGGAAGUUUGGUGGGAUCAAUCAUCAUUGUAGUUGGAUUUUUUUUAGUGAUAUGGGGAAAAGCUAAAGAAUGGAAUAAGGAAGAGAAGGGCUUGGAAUCAAACAACAAGAUGCCAUUAUUACAUGACAAAGUUAAUGAUGAUCGUAAGGUUAAUGUAUGAGACCAAAUCUUUGGUAUUAUAUUGCCUUGUUUAUGAACAAUUACAUUGCAUCUUUAUGGAGAUCAAACGAUUUCAUAUGUCAAAUAUGACAACAGGAUUUUGGUUUAAUAAUGUUCACACAUUCAAGAUACACUAUAAAUUUGUUUAAGGCUUUGUUUUAUUAAUCGAAAGCACAAUGCAUGAAGUGUAA